UGCAACUUCGCUCGGCCACCAUUCACUCAUGCAUUGACUUUUCUCAGCUGCAGGCUCGGUUCCAGUGUGUGAGGAUGGAGCCGUGUGGACGCUGAGUGCAGCUGGACGCUCGGCUCCGUGCUGGCUGCAUGGUGCUCCGUGUCUCUGCCUGCUGCUUUCUGACGCUCGGGGUUGCAGUCUGGCCUCCAGCCGCGGCUGCGAAUUCACUUCAUUUCUCAGCGUCGCCUCGCUCCCAAAGUCAUGUUUAUUUUAUAAAGAUGGCGGUGAGGGGGACACUGUGAACUAAAUGACUGUCAGAAACAUCGCCUCCAUUUGUAAUAUGGGCACCAAUGCCUCUGCUCUGGAGAAAGACAUCGGCCCGGAGCAAUUCCCAAUCAAUGAACACUACUUUGGAUUGGUCAAUUUUGGAAACACAUGCUACUGUAACUCAGUGCUGCAGGCACUCUACUUCUGCCGGCCUUUCCGGGAGAACGUGCUGGCCUACAAAGCCCAACAGAAGAAGAAGGAGAACCUGCUCACGUGCCUGGCCGACCUCUUCCACUCCAUCGCCACACAGAAGAAGAAAGUGGGCGUCAUCCCGCCCAAGAAGUUCAUCUCCCGCCUACGGAAGGAGAACGAUCUGUUUGACAACUACAUGCAGCAGGAUGCCCACGAAUUUCUCAACUACCUGCUGAACACGGUGGCCGACAUCCUGCAGGAGGAGAAGAAGCAGGAAAAGCAGAACGGACGCCUCAAGAACAACGGCACCGCUGUCACCACGGAGACCGACACAGAGAACAAGACAGAGCCCACAUGGGUCCACGAUAUCUUCCAAGGCACACUGACCAAUGAGACACGCUGCCUCAACUGUGAAACGGUGAGCAGCAAAGAUGAGGAUUUUCUGGAUCUCUCUGUGGAUGUGGAGCAGAACACGUCAAUAACACACUGUCUCAGGGACUUCAGUAACACAGAGACUUUGUGCAGUGAAUACAAAUACUACUGUGAGACAUGCUGCAGCAAGCAGGAAGCACAGAAACGGAUGCGUGUGAAGAAGCUUCCUAUGAUCCUGGCGCUACACCUGAAGAGGUUUAAGUACAUGGAGCAGCUGCACCGCUACACCAAGCUGUCCUAUCGAGUGGUUUUCCCCCUAGAGCUCCGUCUGUUCAACACGUCCGGAGACGCGGUCAACCUGGAUCGCAUGUAUGAUCUAGUGGCCGUGGUGGUUCACUGUGGCAGCGGCCCUAACAGAGGUCAUUACAUCACCAUAGUGAAGAGUCACGGGUUCUGGCUGCUGUUUGAUGAUGACAUAGUGGAGAAAAUUGACGCCCAGGCCAUCGAGGAGUUUUAUGGUCUUACCUCGGACAUCUCUAAGAACUCUGAGUCGGGAUACAUCCUCUUCUACCAGUCGAGGGAGUGACUGGAGCUGGAUCAGUGACACAGGAAGAGACUAAACAGGAUGAGACCUGUUUGUUUUUGUUGUUUUUUUUACCUUACAGAUCCAGACUCACCUUCACCCCCAUCCUCCUCUUCCCCCUCCUCCUCCAUGUCAGACCUCUCCUGACGUAUGUGCCAAUCCUCUACUACUCCAGCGCCUGCCCCUGGGUUUCCCUGUUCCUCAUCUCUCUCUCUCUCUAUCUGUCUUUCUCUCUCU